AUGGAUAAUACAGCCAACAAGGAGGAGAAAUCUACAUUGAGAGCCAUGGAAAAAAGCUUCGAGAUGCAGAAAGAAUCUAUCAAGAAGAAGACCAAGGAACUCUCUGAAACUUGCGACGUCAAGGCUUGUGCUGUUAUCAUUGGGCCUGAUGGGAUGGUCGACACGUGGCCGGAAAAUCGUAAUGAUGUGCAGGAGGUGAUCAAAAUGUACAAAAACUGUGACCCGGAAAGUAAACGGACUCGAGACCUUCAUGGCAGGGAUGAUCACGGAAAAAAUAAGGAGAUUGCUUGUGUUGACUCGGAGGGGGUCAAGAAUCCUACCAAACAAGAAUUGUUAAGAAGGAUCGAUGCCAAAUUAGCCCAAGUAAGGAAUCGGAUUCAGAUCUUGAAGUCCAAAGAUUGA